UACACAAUUUGGUAGAAAAGUACGCACGAAGGAAGUGCGUGGGCAGUUUGGUGUCCUUUUCCUGCAGACGGGGUUUAUAAACUCCUGCCAUUGCCCACACGACUCACAUCUGGUUGUUGGUUCCGUCAUCACUACAUCUCUGUUUUGUCAAAGAGGUUGUGUCACUCGCAUCUCGUCAAGUAUUAGCUCGAUACUUGGUGACUUUUUAAGACGGCGAAGUGAGCAGAAAUACAUCAUCAAUGUUUCCCAAGAACACGAUGACAACGACUGUAGCUAUGCCGGAGAAACCGCCACUACAGGCACACAAAGACUCGGCUGUGCUGUACAUGGUGGACGGAGACCAGGUUGAUGCUGGCAACGACAGCAGAUGGCAGAUCAAACGGGCCAAGAUCUGCGCAUGCACCGUUGUCAUAACAACCCUGAUCCUGGUAGCCGGAACAUUGGGUGCAAUUUAUAUUGUCCUCCGGUCGCAGCAGGACACCAGCGAGGCUACCACCGUCUACAAGGAGCCCCUCCUCGGCAAUGAUUCCCCUCUGGAGGAGCCUAUCAACAAAAUCCCCAGAAUCAAGAUCGAUGAUGGCGGACUCUGGCCUCCCAAGAACCCAGUGACCCCUGACCUCGUGGCUGUAGAUGGCAUGGGAACGGUUUCCCUUUCCUCGAGCCCAAAACCAGUCACCGAUGGAAUUGACAUCGAUCCCGAAGGAAACACAAUCUUUGAACCCGUCGUUGUUUCUUCUUCUUCCUCUGAUGAUGUCGACUCCUCCUCCGACUCGAUACCGUAUCAUGAGAGGUCUUACGUCAGACGAACCUACGUCAGCUCCUCCUUCCCAUUCGAUGGUUUCUACAUGCGUGGCGAAGAAGGGGACCCGCCACCAUCUCAUAGCGAGGAUUCCUCACCAGAUCCCACAUCUGAAGCUUCUGGAGACAUGGACAGUGAUCUUGAGGGUUCCGCUGAACCUGAUGAUUCUGAAAUCCCAUCUGAUUCAGACAAUAGCUCGAGCAGCGACCCUAGUAGUAGCAGCUUCUCGGAUCCCUACGUAGUAUCCGAAUAACAUCAUUUUGGGACUCAUUUUAACUGACUGCUUUAAUCUCAUUAAAAUGUCGUGAAUUUCUGUAACAACGAAUCUCUUGUACAACAAUUGUUUAUUGUGUGGUGUAAAACAGUUGCAUCUUAUAAAAAUAUUACUGCUUCUUUAGGAAAAUUCCAUCUUUACCACGAAGCGGUAUUUGCAUCUUCCUAUUUUCGGCCCAAGGUUAAAGAUUUUCAAAUUCUAGCUGAACAUUCCUGAUGACUUGAAGUUACAUGACAUAAACAGAUGCACUAUUAGUAAUCACAUCAUGACAUCAAUCGCGGAGAAGUUUUUAACGAAUUUCGUAACUCAAGAUAUACCUUAAGUGUAAAAUUGUAAUAAACUUACUUAAGAUGCAAGUCGGACAUUUUGGCAUCUUGAUUUUUUUUCUGCCGACGCGGACACCUCGCUAUUUUCUUGCACUAAAUAUAGACGUACUUAUAAACAUAAUCUGCUGAGAUUUUCCAGAUCGAGAAUGGGGUUUUGUUCACUUCAGUGAAGUCCACGGAACCGAGGCACCGAAUUGUUUCCUCAAUUUAGUUCCUAUAUGCUAUUGCAUGCUAAUUUUAUAUAUUCUUAUAAAUAUAAUGUGUGUGAUAAGCCUAAAAAAGAUGACUAUAGUUUGAGUCUUCUUCCAUUUUGUAGAGUCAAGUUAUACAAUAAUCUUGAAGUUCUUCUUGUUCGUUUCUUGGGCCACACAAUAUAGACUACAGUCACAAUACAGUACUGUGAAACUAUUCUUUCUUUGUUUCCAAAUGAGUCAACUUUCUUUGCUCAUUGUUCAGAGACUUGAGUGUAAAUAAAACUUUUUAUAAAUAUAAAUAUA